GGCAGAGUCCCUCGAUGCAGCCCGACUCGAAUGUCGUGAACAGCGACGACGGCACCCGCAGCGCAUUCACUCGGAUAUCAUGGGUACCCGUUUCCCUGGCCGCGGUGACGGUCGCCUCCAUCGCCUUGGACGUCUUCCACUUUCGACGACAUAAACCCGGCCGGUCACGCUCGCUCAAGCCAGGCCCGGGGGAUGCGUCUGGCUCCUCGUUGCGGACUCCGGGCUCUGCCCCGUCGCUCAAACACCUAGGAAAGCGGCCCGCCAUGCAGCAGCAGACGCGACGGAGUAUCGGCGGCAGCGCCCCUCCACCGCGCAGGACAACCUCUGUCCGUCCACGUGCGGCACCCAAGGCUUCACCUGCCUCCGCGCCUCCACCACCGAUACCUGCACCCGCCCCCCUCGCGACCGGCUCUCGCUUGAGCUGGCAGGGACUGAACUCGACGUGGAAAUCGCUGCUGUACCACGCGGACGACCAGCCCGGACCGGCGCACGUCGACCCGACGCUCAACAACUACUUUGGCGCCUUCAAGGCCUUUGGGAUCGCGACCGCCGCCGUGUCGCUGACGGCCGCGAUCGGCGUCGUGGGCGUGAUGAACGCGCUCGGCGUGCACGACACGGAAGAGUUUGCGGAAGAGAUGCGAUCCAGGCUGCUGAAGGCCAUGCCCGCCCUAGCCGAACGCUUGCAUCGCUUACCGGAUCCGGAGACGGACGACAAGCCUCUCAAGCCUCUCUUCCGACGAAACCCACCACAGGAGCCUUGGACGUGGGCAGCUGCCGAGGCGCGGCUCACAGAGGCCUUCCAGCGCGGUGGCUUAUCAGCCUGGGCGGACGCCGUCAAACGCGAGGCCGACGCUGAAGGCAGGCUCGAGCGGCGCAAGAGG